ACCUGGAAGAUCUCUCAGUCCCACAUUCAGCUUGUUCCCCAGGGAUUUCAGCUGCGGUAGACCCUCUCCCAGGACUUGGUGUUCCCGUUCUGUUGUGGGAUCAUGAAGUGGAAGCUGCUAUGGCUGGGAUGUCUCCUUCCCAUAAUGGUGGCAGGAAGGUCUGUGAAACCGGUGGAUCAGGAGGAGGCUCUGGAUUACCUAAUAAAGUAUGGAUACCUGCAGAAGCCUCUGGAGAGAAUGACAGAUGGUUUUAGGCCAGCAGAAGUGACAGAAGCAGUCAGGUCCUUCCAGGAAGCUUCAAAGUUGCCAAUCUCUGGGCAGUUUGAUUGGCUAACAAGGGCACGAAUGGGGCAGCCCCGCUGUGGCCUAGAGGACCCUUUCAACCAGAAGACCCAAAAAUUUUUACUGUUAGGUCGCUGGCGGAAGAGACACCUAACCUUCCGUAUCUUGAAUUGGCCGUCCACUCUCCCAAUCCAAACUGCCAGGACAGCUCUGCAUACUGCCUUUAGAUACUGGAGCAGGGUGGCCCCCCUGAGCUUCCGAGAAGUUCGGGCAGGCUGGGCAGAUAUUCGUCUCUCCUUCCAUGGCCAACACAGCCCCCACUGCUCACAAGGUUUUGAUGGACCUGGAAAGGUCCUGGCCCAUGCUGACAUCCCUGAAUCUGGCAGUGUGCACUUUGAUGAAUCAGAGAUGUGGACAGAGGGGACCAAAAUGGGGGUAAACUUUCGCAUCAUUGCAGCCCAUGAGCUUGGCCAUGCGCUAGGGCUGGGCCAUUCCCGAUAUCCACAGGCCGUGAUGGCACCUGUUUAUUCUGGCUUCCGGCCUCACUUCCAGCUUCACCCUGAUGAUGUGGCAGGGAUUCGGGCCCUCUAUGGCAAGAGGAUCCCUCCAAGUGGAGAGGAGGAAGAGGAGGCGGUGGAGGAGGAAGGGAAUGAAGUUUCCAUUGUAACCCCAGAACCCUCGCUGCCCGGAACUGUGCCUGACCCCUGCAGUGGAGAGCUGGAUGCCAUGAUGCUAGGCCCUCAUGGAAAGACAUACGCCUUCAAAGGAGACUAUGUAUGGACAGUGACUGGCUCCAAACUGGGGCCCCUUUUCCAUGUGGCCACCUUAUGGAAGGGGCUCCCAGGGAACCUGGAUGCUGCUGUCUACUCCCCCCGUACAAAAUGGAUCCACUUCUUUAAGGGUAACAUGAUCUGGCGCUAUAUGGGCUUCAAAUUGGUCCCUGGCUUCCCUAAGCGGCUAAGUCAGGUGGGACCUAACUUGGACGCAGCUCUCUACUGGCCCCUCAACAAGAAAGUUUUCCUCUUCAAGGGCUCUGGGUAUUGGCAGUGGGAUGAGUUGGCUGCCAAUGACUUCAGCCGUUACCCAAAGCCCAUAGGAAAGCUGUUCACUGGGGUUCCAGACAAGCCCUCUGCGGCUUUGAGCUGGCAGGAUGGCAAAGUCUACUUCUUUAAAGGUAACAAGUAUUGGCGCCUGAACCAGCAGCUUCGAGUGGAGAAAGGCUUUCCCAAGGACACUUCUCAGAACUGGAUGCACUGUCUCCUCCCCACCGUGGGCAUCACUGCCUCGGUCACCAGCUCCACUCCAAGAACUGUCCACUUAGCCACAAACAGGACCACGUCCUUCUCAGCUCCAGAUAUCUCCUCUUCACUUCUUUCCACGACCACUCUUGCUCAGGAGUAGAAAUUUGACCCAACUCUAGAUCCUGGGCACUCUAACUCUAAAGACCACCCCACCCUGACAAGGACAACACCACCAGCUAUAGGCAACAUACGUCUGGUCCUGGGCUCAUCUCUGUUCACUCUCAGCUGUGGCACUUUGCCCCUGGGCUAGAAACUUUCCUUGUCCUGGUGCAUCUAGCCCUCCUAAAUGGCUACCAUGCCUUCCCCACCUUGGCAGGGUUACUCUUUCCUUUGUAUCAAACAUUGACUACUCCCUGGUUAUGCUUACCUUCCUCCUCAUCUUGGACGGCAUCAUCAACUUCAUCCCCUAAGAACAGCUCUGUGUGUUUGGGGCCAUCUCUAAUUUCAACUGUUGAAUAUACUACUGGGCAAAGGUUGAUGGGGGAGUAUUUGCUAACCAGAACAAAAAAUGUUUAUAGAGCUUGGUGUGGUUAAGCUCUCCCUAUAGUUCUUUUUUUUUUCUUUUUUUCUUUUUAGUGAGGCAAUUGGGGUUAAGUGACUUGCCCAAGGUCACACAGCCAGUAAGUGUCAAGCGUCUGAGGCCGGAUCUGAACCCAGGUACUCCUGAUUCCAGGGCCGGUGCUCCAUCCACUGUGCCACCUAGCUGCCCCUCUCCCUAUAGUUCUUGCUAUCGUCAAUACAUAGCCUUGAAAAGUUCAAAUAGGGCAUCCCUGAAAAAUUUGGGUACAAGGCAAAAAAAUGUCACUUUUUGAAACUUAAGCUAGUACGAUUCAGUGACCAAAUAAUGAGACAACUCUCCCUGGGAGAUGUGACCUCUCUUUCACCAUAGCACCUUGUGUUUCUCUUAUGCACUGAUCAUAUACUAAUUUAUAAAAUUAUUGUUGUAAAUGUCUUAUUAUUCCUACCAGACUGUAAGCCCCUGGAGGGCAAGGACCAGGUCUUAUUUACGUUUUUAUCUACCCAGCUACUUAGUUGUGUGCUUUUCAAAGUACAUGGUUAGCUAUAUCAGAUUACCUGCUGUCUAGGGGAGGGGGGAGGGAAGGAGAAAAAUCUGAAAUUGUAAAGCUUGUAUAAACAAAA